AAAUAAAUAAAGAUUUCUCUCUCUUUCUCUUUUUCUACUCAUCUUCCAUUAAAAGGAUAAAAUUCUUCAUUCUGUGAGCCAUAGAGAGAUCAAUUCUGAAUUUCCAGGUCUCAAUCUCCAGUUCUUCACAAUGGACCUCUUCUGGACUUUGCUCUCUCAUCUCAUCUCUCUCGCUGGGCCAGCCCUCAUGCUCCUUUACCCCUUAUACGCUUCUGUUCAAGCAAUAGAGAGCACGUCGAAGCUUGAUGAUGAGCAAUGGUUAGCUUAUUGGAUCAUCUAUUCAUUCAUCACUCUCAUGGAGAUGAUAGCAGCACCUAUUUUAUACUGGAUUCCAAUAUGGUAUAAGAUAAAGCUUUUGCUGGUGGCCUGGCUUGUUCUUCCACAAUUCAGAGGAGCUUCUUUUAUAUAUGAAAGGUUUGUGAGGGAGAAGAUGAGGAUGCACAGAGCUAGAGCUGCUCAACGUGCUUACGUGAAGGAGGUAUUAGGUGGGAAUAAGGUGGAAGGCUGAGAAGGACAUUGGUGAACAAAAAUGAGAUCAAGAUGUGAUCUUUUUCUUCUGCCUUUUACUUUUUCUUUCAAUUCUAUUAUUUCAUUUUGUUAUUGAUAAGAAACAACUGAGAGGAAAGCUAAGAGAAGGAUAAGUAAAAAAUAUUAUUUUGUUUGAAUCUUUGUUCAUUGGCAAAAAUUAUUCUUUGAGGACGUCGAACGUC